GGUCGAUUCUCCUGUGCAACGUGGGCAGAAUGGAGGCACCGGCUGUAUUAGCAGAUUCCUCAGCUGUGGUCCUGAAACCUCUCCCUGAACUCAACGGAGUUUCGCUCCAUGACGUGAUGGUGACCUCUUCGCCCAGCAGUGUCAAAAACCAUCUCCCCAAGGCAGCAGAAGAAACAGAGGAGUCCGAAGCAGAAAUGUUCAAAUCCAAAGGGCUCUGGACCUCCAAGCGCGAUGGGGAAGUCAGGCUGCGGAUGGACGAGAGUGGCAUGGGUUGUGAGCCCCCAAUCAUGGUCAAUGAGCUGCUCCUUGAGGCCGUCCGGAAAUAUGGGAACUUGUAUGCGUUGGCCACAAAGAAGAAGGGGAAGUGGACCAAGCUGACUUAUAAGGAGUACUACGCCCAGUGCCGGAAGGCAGCCAAAAGUUUCCUCAAGCUGGGCUUGGAGCGUUUCCAUGGUGUGUGCAUUCUGGGAUUCAAUUCCGUCGAGUGGUUCCUGGCAGACAUUGGAGCUAUUCUUGCCGGUGGCUUUGCCGUUGGGAUCUAUACCACCAAUUCCCCUGAGGCCUGCAAGUACGUGGCGGAAAACUGCGGGGCCAACAUCAUCGUGGUGGAGAACGACAAACAGCUCCAGAAGAUCUUGGAGGUUCGGAAGAAACUCCCUCUUGUGAAAGCGAUCAUCCAGUACGGUGAACCUAUCAAGGAGAAAGUACCAAAUCUCUAUGAUUGGAGUGAAUUUAUGGCUCUUGGCAAUGACAUCCCAGAUGAGCAGUUAGAUAAAAUAAUUGCGAUCCAGAAGCCAAACCAGUGCUGCACUCUCAUCUACACCUCCGGGACGACGGGCCAGCCAAAGGGAGUAAUGCUGAGCCAAGACAACAUAACGUGGACCGCCCGGGCAGGAGGGCAGUGUGUCGGCUUGACUUGUGGCCUGGUGAGGCAGGAGCUGUUGGUCAGCUACCUGCCGCUCAGCCAUGUUGCUGCGCAGAUGAUUGACAUAUGGCUGCCAAUCACCUUUGGGAUGCAGACCUUCUUUGCCCAGCCAGAUGCUCUAAAGGGCAGCUUAGUGGAAACCUUGAAGGAGGUGAGGCCCACAGCAUUCAUGGGGGUCCCCCGGGUCUGGGAGAAGAUGCAAGAGAAGAUGAAAGCGGUUGGCGCCAAGUCGUCAUCCUUAAAGAAGAAGAUCGCAACCUGGGCAAAGGCGGUUGGCUUAGAAACCAAUCUUAACCUGAUGAACGGGUCCACUGAUCUCCCGGUGAACUACCGCUUGGCCAGAGCUCUGGUGUUCAGGAAAGUCCGGAAGGCGCUGGGCUUGGAUCACUGCACAAAGUGCUUCACAGGAGCUGCCCCCAUCACAAAGGAAACCCUGGAAUACUUCCUGAGCCUUGACAUUCCGGUCUACGAACUCUACGGCAUGAGUGAAAGUUCGGGGCCUCACACACUCUCUCAUCCGGGCAGCUUCAAGCUGACAAGUUGUGGCAAAGAAAUGCCAGGUUGCAGGACGAUGAUUUACAAACCAGACGCUGACGGCAAUGGGGAGAUCUGCUUUUCGGGUCGCCACGUUUUCAUGGGCUACUUGAACAUGGACGACAAGACCAAAGAAGCCAUUGAUAACGACGGCUGGCUGCAUUCAGGGGACCUCGGGAAACACGAUCCAGACGGCUUCCUUUUUAUCACGGGGAGGAUCAAAGAGCUCAUCAUCACCGCAGGAGGCGAGAACGUUCCACCUGUCCCUAUCGAGGAUGCUGUCAAAGAGGCCGUGCCCAUUCUGAGCAACAUCAUGUUGGUGGGCGACAAGGCCAAGUACCUUUCUAUGCUUCUGACCCUGAAGUGCAACAUGAACAUGGAAACGGGGGACCCAGAGGACGACUUGACACCUGAUGCCAUCGAAUUCUGUCGCAAGCUGGGCAGCAAAGCUUCUAAAGUCUCCCAGAUCAUCGCGACCAAAGACCCGGCUGUGUACGGUGCCAUCCAGAAGGGGAUCACAGCAGUCAAUGAGAGAGCCGUCUCCAACGCUCAGAAGAUCCAGAAGUGGGUGAUCCUUGAAAAAGACUUCUCCAUCAAUAGCGGGGAGUUGGGUCCCACAAUGAAACUGAAGAGACCAGUGGUAGCCAAAAUGUACAAAAAGCAAAUAGACCAGUUAUACUCUGCGGAAACACCAGAUGCUAAAUAAUCAUCAAACAAGCACAUACCUUCGGCCUGCCUCUAUUAGAAGUCUAGUCCUUCUCUCCCCUCCCUUGCUGCUGUCCGUUGGUGAACGUGACCCUGUAUUUUGGCAUGGACUCGUCUCCUGUUUUUUGGCACGGAAAGAGAAACUGACUCUUUCUGCGGUGUGUUACGAAGAACGGUGUUUCAAUAAAGGCAUCUCUCUGACCCAAGGCCGCUUCGGAAGUCUCUGGUUGCAAAAUAUAUUAGAGCUGUCUGUAGCCAUUCCAUUUUCAUCCCUGAACUUGUUUGGAUGAUCCAUUGGGACGGCUCUGAGGCUAUCUGUUUUGGCCCCAGCUUUAUUCCAGCUGUGUGUCUUACCUGGGUACCCACAAGAAUCCCUUCCUCCAAAGCUCAUGUUCCCCCACUCUCUAAACUGAAUGUACAGAGAACUCCGUUCUCUGCUUACGAUUACUUGAGCAUCUCCUCACUAUUCCUUUGUGUGCGCGCUUGAAAAAAAUUGUGGAGCUUCUUGGAAAAAGGGGAUGUGGCUAUUGAGUAUGUUCAUAGGAUUCUGGGUGAUGUGCCAGGACGAGGAAUUGACUAGCUUUAUAUUGUGUGCAAUACUGUAUUCUCGUCUUUGCUUGGUUCAGAUGCUUAAAAGCCAUAAAACGAUGGUGGUGAGACUGUGUGUCCAAGGACAUUUUGGAUGAAAGGAAAUUGGUUACAUGAGCCCCCGAAAGGGUGUUGCAGCUUGUGGUUGGGAUCUCUGGCUUUAAAAAAAUAAUCUUUGUGCCCCUUACAUGCACCUCCAAGAGAGGGGUAUCAUCAUAUGUUUGCAGGAAAUUAAUUCCUCUUUAGACUCAGUCUUUACGUUGGCUGUCUCUCUGGAGAUACCGAGCACAGGGGACCAGGGUUGGACACAGCUAGGCUAGCACUUCCUGCUACUUAAGCACCAGACUGUUCUAAACCAGGCACUGAUGGAAGCAAAAACUCACUGUCCAUUGAAAGUUUGCACAGGCCUGGUGUGUUACUGAAGCAGGUUUGGGGAGUCACCAAGUGCAUGCAAGGCCCCAAAGGAAUCUAAUCUCAGGUUUGGGUACUUUAAAAACUGGCUGAAAGCCAGGCAUCCUCCUCAGGGACCCCCCCCACCACCACCACCACUAGACACGCUCACUGCAAGGGAAGGCUCGGUUUGGCCUGUGUCCUUAACAGAAAAGAACGGCACUGAAUCAUGCACAUUUUUUUUAUGCUGUGAAUGGCCCGGCAGCUUCAGAGGCUUGGUUGGGUUUUGUGUAGAAUUGUCCCACCCCCAGCCUCUUCCUUCCCGGAAGCUAGCCCCUCCUGCUUGUGCUUUGGUCAUAGCCAACAAAUAUGGGCUCAGGAAUUGCAGCGGCAAGACCUCCCUCCCACUGGCUCUUUGGAGAGCUCUUAGGUGCAUUUCUCCCUCCGCUGCCCAUCGUUGUACAAAUCCAAAAUAACUUUGGUUUGCUGCUGUGGGUGGAUGAUGGAACCCACUUGCAUUCUUGAUGUGAGUUGGGUGGCGCAGCAGGAAUAGUAGAGCUGGGGAAGUGGGGAACUGCAAUGUGUAGAGAGAUGGGUAGGGUGUGGGGUUUUUUUUUAAAGUAAUUGAGAACUAGGAACUUGAUGUAUCUGGAUGUACUAUGGUUGUAGAAGUGUGACUGAAGUAUAUGUAAUAGGAGACCGAUCUGGGCUGCAGAAGGGCCCCAAAUUGUCAGGAAAAGGAGGUGUUAUGGUGGCCCAAGCUGUACAAAAAGUGUGUGUAAAAAAGUUAACUCUGGAAAUAAUGUUGCAAAUUGAAUGUGUGUGUGUCUACCCUCCUGUGCUGCAAAAAGAAUUGUUAAUAAAUGUCUAAAAAGCUUA